AUACAAUUAUCCAAGGAGCUUGUUAAAUGCAAAUAUUCAGCCUCUACCCUUAAAGAACCAGAUUCGGUAGGUCAGAGGUGAGGACUAAGGAUUAGCAUUUCUUAAAAAAAAAAAAAAAAAAAAAAAAUUCGGCUCUUCCUUAGGCGCCAGCCAUGGCCGGUCAAGAGGAUCCGGUGCAGUGGGAGAUUCACCAGGACUGGGUGAACCGGAAGUACAUUGAGGUCAUCACCAGCAGCAUCAAGAAAAUGGCGGACUUUCUCAACUCUUUCGAUAUGCCUUGUCAUUCAAGACUUUCAACACUAAACGAGAAAUUGACAGCCCUCGAACGGAGAAUAGAGUACAUUGAAGCACAGGUGACAAAAGGUGAGACCCUCACCUAGAACUGUGCCAUGCUACUGCUGGGAAGUUGCUUUACAGAACACAGGCCUACGUGGGAAAGGCCCCAGCAGCCUCAGCUCCUUCCUCUCUCCUUAAAGAGCAACAGGGCUUAUUCUUGUUUUUCUUUUUUCAAAAGCGUGGCCUUUGGGCUCUGCCAUGUACAUCAGUGUGUGAUGUGGCAUGUGGGAAGAAGUCCAGGGAAACUCUCGGAAACAACAUUAGGCAUUUUACCUUUUAAGUAACAUUUUGUAGAACUGUUUGUCAAUGUAUUUGAGGCGUGCAGAGCCAGACGCCUGGGACUCUUUGUUAAGGUCCUCCCCACCUCCUUUUCUCCCUCUCCCUCUCUCUCUCUCUCUCUCUCUCUCUCUCUCUCUCUCUCUCUCACACACA